AUCAUUUUUUUCAGUUGAACUUGCUGAACUUGCUGUUGAGUUGGAAAAGAGAUCAAUUCAGCUUACUGGAGGAAGGUAAUCUAUUGGUUUUCAUGCUGCCUUUUUUUUAUCUGUUCCACUUUGUAUUGGGAGAAGAUUUGUUCAGACUGACUGAUUUGUGUUGUGAAGAUGUCAAAGUACCCUGCCUCUAAGACAUUCUCUUAUAUUGCUUAUGAUUAAUGACUUGUGUAGUUGUGUUAUUUGCUACCACAGAGUUCAAGAUUAUUCUUGCUUCUACUGUUGGACCUCUGCCUUUUCUGAUUCAAGCCCAAGUAUCAGUGCACUGUUUGCACCAUUUUAGGAGGAAGUGGUCUAUGUUUACACCUCCCUUCUCCAGUGACCCCUCAUCUGUACCAUGGUGCAUAUUUGUGACAAAGCAUCAUAUUAGCAAUUAUAUUGUUAUUGCUUUCCAGGCACAUAAAACAUAUGGUUCUAAUAUUGCAGGUUGGGCAUAGAACUUGCCUGGAUCUUUGUUGGCAACCCGUAAUGCCUGCCAGAUUUGCUUUAUUAAAAACUUGCCAUAGCAAUGCUGCUUUCACACCUAGUUUACCUUUUAAACUGUCUACCUAUCCAAGGACAGAAGCUUUUGGAUUUCCACUGAAGUUACAGAUAAUUUUGAAAUUGCCCUUUCAUUUAGUCCCUCAAAAUUUUCAAUUCUAUGGUUUGGCUCCCUGCCCCUAAUAGAGUUUCUUUCAGUUCUGUUUUUAUGCGUUAUGUUGUCAGUCUGCAAUCACAUUCAAUUUGGGUUUGGGGGGAAAUGUAGCAUGUGUUAUAAUUUAUUGUGCAGUAUCGACGUAAUAUCUUAUUUACAUGGUUGGCAGCUUGAUUCAUUCAGUUAUCAAAUCUUCAUUACACUUAUCACUCUCAUGAAUAUCCUAUCAUGCAUUUGUCUCUUCAAACUUGUAUGCAGCAAUGGAAGACAAAAGCAAAAGAAAUGCACCGUGUUGCGCUUCUAAACAUCCUGGGAAAAACCAUGAAGAACGUUAAAGCUUCGUGAACUCAACAAAAUCCAUAGCAUAUUGUAACUUGGGCAUGUUGGGAGGAGGUGCACAGAUUAUUCUUGUUUCUUCCUUCAGCCUUUGUGCACCUUGACCGGUAUUUACAUUGCUGCUCUUUCCAGUUUCCUCCUUGAAAUAUAUUCUGUUCUAGUUCCCGGCUAAAGCUAUAAACAGUAACUAAUUCUAUCUGUAAUUAGUCUCAUAAAUUGGUUAAAUGACU